GUCACACGAUCAACAAAUCGGACCGGUGUUGCGGCAGGACCACAGCACACUUGUGCAAUGAGAGCUACGGCGGUGUGGGCGGCGCUGCUGCUACAGCUGGCAGUCGUAGCGGCGGCGCCCUGGAACAUGGGCUGCCUCUUCUCCAGGGACCCAGACUGUUGGCGAUUGCACGCAGGUACAAGUGUGGAUAAUCACGCCCUUGGGACACUUCACACACAGAAUUCGGCACUUACCCCAGCAAAGGACAAGACUGACAACAGAUGGCCACAUAUCCGACAGCAGGAAGCAGAAAAUGGGGAAAGUGAACAAAAUCAUCUAGCCGAUGUAAAGAAAAAGUACUUACAUGAAUUGACGAGACUCUUACAAGGUAUUAUGCCAGAGAGGGAAGACAGAAGUAGGAGCGACAGCGACAGUAUCAGUGACAGCAGCAGCAGCAGCAGCAGCAGCAGCAGUAGCGACAGCGACAGCAGCAGCAGCAGCAGCAGUAGCAGUGAAGAGAACAAUAUUAGUAACACUGAAAACAGUAGCAGUAAUGAAUUUGGAAGUGGACAAGAUGGACUUAGUGGAGAGAAUGGAAGUGGAAGUGGAGGUGGUAGUGGAGGACAAGCUGGUAGUGGAGGAUCUGGAAGUGGCAGUGGAAAUGGUGGAAACGGUGGUAAUGGAGGCAAUGGUGGGGACGGAGGAGACAGUGUAACUGGAGGAGAUGGAGGGGAUGGUGGAAAUGGAGGUAAUGGUGGAGAUGCAGGCGACAGCAGCAAUGGAGGUGAUGCCGGUGAUGGAGGAGAUGGUGGUGAUGGAGGCAAUGGUGGUGAUGCUGGGGAUGGAGGUGAUGGUGGAAAUGGCGGCGAUGGUGGAGAUGGAGGUGAUGGAAGCAGUGGUGGUGAUGCUGGCAAUGGAGGUGAUGGUGGCAAUGGUGGUGAUGGAGGCAAUGGAGGUAGUGGCGGUGAUGCUGGAGAUGGAGGAGAUGGUGGUGAUGGUGGUGAUGGUGGCAAUGGUGGCGAUGCUGGUGAUGGAGGUGAUGGUGGAAAUGGUGGUAAUGGAGGAGAUGGAGGUGAUGGAGGCAGUGGUAGUGAUACUGGUAAUGGAGGAGAUGGUGGUGAUGGUGGUGAUGGAGGCAAUGGUGGUGAUGGUGGCGAUGGAGGCAAUGGUGGUGAUGCUGGAGAUGGAGGUAAUGGAGGCAAUGGUGGUGAUGCUGGUGAUGGAGGUGAUGGUGGAAAUGGAGGUAAUGGCGGAGAUGGAGGUGAAGGAGGCAGUGGUGGUGAUGCAGGAGAUGGUGGAGAUGGUGGCGAUGGAGGAAAUGGCGGUGAUGCUGGCGAUGGAGGUGAUGGUGGAAAUGGUGGUGAUGGUGGAGAUGGAGGUGAUGGAGGCAGUGGUAGUGAUGCUGGCAAUGGAGGAGAUGGUGGUGAUGGUGGUGAUGGAGGCAAUGGUGGUGAUGCUGGUGAUGGAGGAGAUGGCGGUGAUGGUGGCAAUGGAGGCAAUGGUGGUGAUGCUGGAGAUGGUGGAAAUGGAGGCAAUGGAGGUGAUGGAGGCAGUGGUGGUGAUGCUGGCAAUGGAGGAGAUGGUGGAGAUGGUGGAAAUGGCGGUGAUGGUGGAGAUGGAGGUGAUGGAGGCAGUGGUGGUGAUGCUGGCAAUGGAGGUGAUGGUGGAAAUGGUGGUGAUGGUGGAGAUGGAGGCAAUGGUGGUGGUUCUGGCAGUGGUGGCAGUGGAGGAAGUGGAGGAGAUGGUGGUAAUGGUGGCAGUGGUGGCAGUGAUGGCAGUGAUGGUAGUGAUGGCAAUGAUGGCAGUGACGGAGGCAGUGGUGAUGAUGCUGGAAAUGGAGGUGAUGGUGGCGAUGGAGGAGAUGGAGGUAAUGGAGGCAGUGGUGGCGAUGCUGGUGAUGGUGGUGAUGGAGGCAAUGGUGGUGAUGCUGGUAAUGGAGGUGAUGGUGGAAAUGGUGGAGAUGGAGGUGAUGGAGGCAGUGGUGGAGAUUCUGGCAAUGGAGGUGAUGGUGGAAAUGGUGGAAAUGGAGGUGAUGGAGGCAGUGGUGGAGAUUCUGGCAAUGGAGGUGAUGGUGGAAAUGGUGGAGAUGGAGGUGAUGGAGGCAGUGGUGGAGAUUCUGGCAAUGGAGGUGAUGGUGGAAAUGGUGGAGAUGGAGGUGAUGGAGGCAGUGGUGGAGAUUCUGGCAAUGGAGGUGAUGGUGGAAAUGGUGGAGAUGGAGGUGAUGGAGGCAGUGGUGGAGAUUCUGGCAAUGGAGGUGAUGGUGGAAAUGGUGGUGAAGGAGGAGAUGGUGGUAAUGGUGGUGAUUCUGGCAAUGGAGGAGAUGGUGGAGAUGGUGGUGAUGGUGGAAAUGGAGGCAGUGGUGGUGAUGCUGGUGAUGGAGGUAAUGGUGGCAAUGGUGGUGAUGGAGGUGAUGGUGGUGAUGCUGGUAAUGGUGGAGGUGGAGGAAGUGGAGGUGAUGGUGGAAAUGGAGGAGAUGGAGGAGAUGGAGGCAAUGGUGGUAAUGGUGGCAACGGAGGUAAUGGUGGAGAUGGUGGAGAUGGCGGUAAUGGAGGUAAUGGAGGUGAUGGUGGAGAUGGUGGUGAUGGUGGCAACGGAGGUAAUGGAGGUAAUGAUGAUGAUGGCCAGUCUAAUAAUGAAAGUGGCAGCAGUGAUGGAGGCAGUGAUUCUGAUGGUGGCAUUGGUGACUGCCCGGCCGUCGGCAGUUGUCCAUUACACGAAGAUGCUGGAUCAGAUGUUACACUGUUGCCCCAUGCCACUGAUUGUGGACAGUAUUGUGUAUGCGACCAUGGCGUUCCAGUAGCCAUGCCUUGUCCUGCAGGUCUCCACUUCAACCCAGAGCUGAGAGUCUGCGACUGGCCAUAUGCUGCUGGUUGUGAGGUACAGAACUAACUCAGCAGUGUAUAUUCUUUGUGACACAAAUCCUUAGUAGACAACAUUAAUGUGUUAUACUGUGUUUGUAAUCAUAAUUUGAUGUAUGUCGUUUUUGGAAGAGGAUGUAGCAUCUGCAACUACUGUCUUAUAUUGUUUUAUUGUGCAUUUUAUGUUUAACUUGGAGGAACAUUUGUUUACUGACUGAUCUAUUUUAUUUUGUUUUUAUUAAAAAAUCUUUGUCAUUGCUUGAUGUAGUCCUUUAAA